AUGAAUCUGUUCACGGUGGAGCAGCUCGAACUAAUCAGACGACUUCGCUUAACGGGUAUUACUCCUGAAGCUGUUCUUGAGGCAUUUAGAGCAUUGGAACAAAUAGAAGCGGAUUUGGAUGCAGCUCGUAUUCAAACAGCAGCUUUGGCAGCGCUCAUUGCCCCUGCCACAAAAAUGUUUCAAUUUGAUGAUGGUGCUAAUGCAUUCGAACUAAAUAGUCCGAUUCUACUGCAGCAUCUCAGAAAUCAGGCUCCAGUACCAGUUACUAUAAAUGCAUCAUCUUCACCAUCUUUGUCAACUACAUCACCGGAUCGAUGCACUGUCCAGAAUCCCUUACCUCUUUCAACAACUACCGGUGGCACAACACCUACUGGUGCAAGUGAUGCGGCAACAUCAGCGGUAGCUACUGCUGCAGCUGCAAUACCCCCAACAUGCCUCCUCGGACAGUACAAUUUCGAAGCUUCUUCACCAUCAAGCUGUCGACCGAUCCGUUCCCAAAGGACACCGAUGCGUGAAAUCACGACGUUGGAUGAUCCCAGCGAAUUGGAUGAAUUUAUGCAACAAGGCGAAGAAGUCUGUAUAUUGGAUAUGAAAAAAUUUAUCACGCAGUUUUCACUUAGGCAAACUACAGUUGCUAUGAUGACGGGAGUUUCUCAGCCAUACAUUUCAAAACUGCUCAAUGGUAAUCAUCGUGAAUUGUCGUUACGUUGUCGAAAAAACAUUUAUUCAUGGUAUCUGAAUUGUAGACGACAUCCAGAGAAACUUUCUUCUUUCCUAGCCGAUCCAUCUACUCGUUUGGAAACAAAUGGUGAUGGUGAAUUAAUUCCGCAACGUCGUGAACGAUAUGUUUUUCGCCCGAUUUUAAUUCGAAUUUUAGAGGGUUUCUUUGCUCAAACGCCAUUUCCGGAUCUAAAUCGUCGAAUUGAAAUUGCUACUGCUUGCAAUCAGGCAUUGCAGAUAGAUAAGAAAGGGGUUGGACUGAUGCCAAAGGAAGUCGUAUCACCGCAAGUUGUCGCAAAUUGGUUUGCCAAUAAGCGAAAAGAGUUGCGUCGGCGUUCUAAUGAUGAGUACAAUGAGGCCAAUAAUGCGAAUUCGUCACAAGUUAGCUCACCUGAUGCUAUUUCAUCCCCAUCACCAACAACUAGUAUAUCGAAUAUACCAAUGGAGACAGAUCGGAUGGGCCUGGAUGACCGAAUUAUUGCUUCGGUAGCUACCUCCGUUCCCAUAUCCGUUCCAGCUGUUCGACCAGGAAACAGUCCGAUUGAAGUUGAAACAAGCCUUUUCUCUUCGCUCGCGCAUCAGCAACAGACAACGCUUGUACAAACGUUGACAAAUCCAAAUAAUUUUUGUCCAAAACCAGAUCCAGAAUCACCAAUAUCAGCAGCAUUACCAAUUGCAUCAACUAAUUGUACCAGCAUUGAUGAUACAGGUCGUGAUUCUAUCGAUCCAGCAGCGCAACAAUCACAACAGCCAUCUGAUGGUUCAACAUCUUCAGCGGGUCAAUGCUUAGCAGAAAUACAAUGCCAACUAGAUCUGGUGAAUAAUUCAGUAUUGGCAUUAGUAAAUCCAUACAAUAAUCAAAUUCACAAUUCAGUUAUAAAAGUUGAACAAACUGCUGAAUAG